AUGAGUUGCUCCACUAGCAUCCCCGCCCUUAUCAGGUACGCCAUUGACUAUGGCUACGAAGGGGCGGCACUCAGUGCAUUUGUUAAACAAAGAUACCAAGAGAAUUUAGAAGACUUACAUGAAGAAGAGGAACGAAGAAAACAAAGAUACCAAGAAAAUUUAGAAGACUUACACGAAGAAGAAGAACGAAGAAGAUUAGACGAAGAAGAACGAUUAAAUGAACUGCAGUGGGAGGAAGAAAUUAAAUUAAAAGAGAGAAAAUGGGCUAUAGAGGCCAGGUUCUAUGAAUUUGAACGAUCGGAAUGGGGUAGUAUCGAAACAACAGAAAAACAAGAAGACGAAAUGUUAAAAGAUGCCAGCAUAUCAAUAGCUGAGAGAAUUAUUAUUUUUAAGGAACGAAUAAAAAGAAUGACAGAAACGAAAGCACGCUUGCAGAUAGCCGAGCAGGCAAUGCUUGAGCAGCUGAAAAACAUGAUCAUAGAACCUGAACCAACACCCGCAACUACACCCGACACACCAACCCUACCAGAUAUUCAGAAUCAUGAUGCUACACUGAGCCAUAAAAGGGACUUAAUUAAAAUUACUUCCCCUGCCCCGACUGAAUCAUCAAUAAACACAACACCGGAUGCUCCGGUCGACCUUAAUUACACAGCACGUCAAGAGCCGAAGAGACAAAACAACAAACCAACCACUGUCAGCCUUAUCGGCCCCAUAGGUCUACAUACUAAACCUUACCAGCCCCUCGCUAAUGGAAAAAAAUUCGCCGACGAGAGAAGAAUCGCUCUGGGUCCAAAACCCCGCCCACCCACCCACACCUUGAUGAAACAAUGGUCCAAGGACACCGGCCUAAGUUAUCGGGAGACGUGCCGUCUGCUCUACAGCUGUUGUACCGUGGUCUACCCAUCUCUCAUUACUGGCGCUUCACCUUUUGCCACCCACCCCAUCCUGAGUUUUGAUAAGUCACUAAACAUAACUUAG